AUGGCCGGCGGACUUCAGAAAUACAGGCACUUGUCGCGCAGCAGCUCGCAUCGUCAGGCUCUGCUCAGAAACCUCGUCACAUCGCUGUUCAAGAACGAGACGAUAUCCACAACAUGGCCCAAGGCACAGGAAGCCCAGCGUCUGGCCGAGAAGCUCAUCACCUUGGGCAAGAAGAAUACCGACGCCAGCAAGAGAAAGGCCCUCUCCAUCUUCUACGUACGUCGUCUUCUUUUCACCACUUACUCUCUUGGACAAUCGCUAACAAAACUCUCUUUCAGGNAACCCCACUCUCUCAUUCCCAAACUCUUCGGCCCUCUUCGUGAACGCUUCCUGGACCGUCCUGGUGGCUACACCCGUGUGCUACGUAUCGAGCCCAUCAAGGAAGAUCAAGCACCCUCUGCCAUCCUGGAACUCGUCGACGGCCCUAAGGAUAUGCGAUUCGCCAUGACUGCCCGCACCGUCUCCCGCCUACGUCGCGAGGGCAAGGACAUCAACGACAUGACCGCCGGUAACAUUGCAAAGGUCACCCGCUUCCGUCCCAACGGUGACAAGGACCUAGAAGACAUGGUUGCCAAAUUCGACAAGCUCGACGCUCAAGGCGAGCACGGCUUUGAAAAGGUCUACAAGCAGAGAGUCUACCACAACCCCAAGGCUUCGAGGUAG